CAAGUGUAAUAUUUACGUUGCAUUGAAAAAUCACGACAGAUUGUUUUGUUCUUCGGAAAAAUUGCAGCGAUUUAGUAUUUACAAAAACUAAUUUAAAGAUUAAUAAUUAAUUAAUCUUUUCACUAUGGGUAAAAAGAAAGACAAUUAUUCGGAACGUGGAGAAGACUCUUCACAAGGAUUUUCACACAAAAAGCAUAAAAAACAUAAGAAGCACAAAAAAAGUAAAUCUCAGCUGCAAAAAUACGACACAUACGACUUUGUGACAGAUGAGGUCGAGCAAACUGUUGAAGUUAUGGAAGAGGUUGAAUAUAUGGAAGCUGACCCGGAGCCGGAAAUCAUUACCGAGCUGGGAGCACAAGAACCUACUUCGCCCAGCACAUCGCUGACCGUUCCUACUAUUGCUAGUACCCCUUCAUCCGGGCUUACGGGAUCAAAAACAACGUCACAAGGGAAAAGCGCUUCGGUUGGAAAAUCCGCAAAGAAAAAGAAAGGUAAUAGAAGAGAUAGUGGCACAUCUAGCGAAGAAGAACGAUGGCUAGAUGCAAUCGAAUCAGGCAAACUAGAAGAGGUUGAUGAUGAGUUGAAAAAAAUCAAGCCAAAAGAUCCCAAACUAAUGACCGCUCGUCAAAGGGCUAUGUACGAAAGAAAUACCGACAAAGAUACUGUCACUCCAGGAGGUGAAAUGUUAAUGGCAUUGCCGACUGGCUACAAGGAGAAAGUCUUGACUGCAGAAGCCAUACAGAAGGCGCAGUUAAAAUCCCAGAAACGCAAACAAAUGGCAGAUGAGAAGAGAGAAAAAGAUAAAAGAAAAACAAUGGAACGUUUGUUAAAAAAACAAGAUUCUAAAUCGGUAAAGGCAAUCAAGAAUCGACCGGUAAAGGUUCAGCUGCCAAUGAUAACUUACAUCAAUACCGUUCACGGUGCAACAAUUUCACUGCCACCAAAUGUGGAUUUUCCCUUGCAGCCGCUAACAGAAAAGGAACCCCCCAAACCUAUAUUGUGCGGAAUUCCAAACUGUACCAACGUAAAACGCUACAACUGUUCAAAGACGAACAUCCCUCUCUGCAGCUAUCGAUGCUAUAAAACGAAUGUUGAUUCAAUAAAGCAAAUCAUUUGCUAGAGUUCCAAAGA